CCGCGCCGGGAAGCAGAACUACAACUCCCAUCCUUCCUUGCGCUCCCGGGUACGCAAGAUGGUAGCCCGCAAGAAGAAAGCCCGAGCGGGCGGCCACGAGGGGAGCAUACCUGGCCCACCGGGUUAUUCAGCUGUUCCAGUCAAGUUCUCAGAAAAGCAGCAGGCUUCUCAUUACCUGUACGUGAGACAGCACAGAGUUCGCCAAGACACCCAGUCCACGUGGCCUGCCAAUAGGACCCUUUUUAUCCUCAAUGUGCCCCCGUACUGCACAAAGAGAAACGCCGGAGCUCGGGAGGUAGAUCGGUGAUGGGCUGCUGGCCCAGCAUUCCUGAAACCCUGGGAUCAGUCCUCAGCACCACAGAAAUCAGAUUUGGAGACUAGAGGAUCAGAACUUCAAGGCCCAUUUUGACUACAAAGUGAGUUCAAGGCCAGUCUGGACAACAGGUUGGAGAGAAGGUCUGGGCUGUACAGUGGCUGCCUAUCGAAAGCUGACCACCCCUAUGUGUAAUUAGCACAAACUAAAAAGUCCCCUCGUAUUUUCCUGCCAAAGCUGACCACCAUGCCGAGCCCAACAC